AGACUGAUCUCUCUACUACCGCAUAGCAAGCGGUACCGGAGUGCCAAGUCUAGGACAAAAAGGCUUCUCAACAGUUUUUACCACCAAGCCAUAAGACUCCUGAACAGUUACAGGUCUCUCAAAGUGUGUUCGUCACACUUGUUCUCCAAUGCUGAGGACAAUUUCAACCUCAACACCACUCUGCCAAGGUAUUCCAGGAUCUGUAUGGAAACUGGGAAGGCUAAAUCACAUCGCUAUAGCUGUACCAGACAUGGAGAAAGCCACUGCUCUUUACAGAGAUGUACUGGGGGCUCAGGUCAGCGAUAAAGUUCCCCUUCCUGAGCAUGGAGUCUACACUGUCUUUGUGGAGCUGGGUAACACAAAGCUGGAACUGCUGCACCCACUCGGGGAGAAGAGCCCCAUUGCAGGCUUCCUACAGAAGAACAAAUCUGGUGGGAUGCACCAUAUCUGCAUUGAGGUUGAUGAUAUCAGUGCAGCGAUAGUGGAUCUGAAGGCUAGGAACAUAAGAACCCUGUCAGCUGAACCACGGAUAGGCGCUCAUGGGAAACCUGUCAUGUUCCUCCACCCAAAAGACUGUGAUGGAGUACUUGUGGAACUGGAGCAAGCUUGAAUACCCACAGGUCUCAUAAACUGUAGGUCACAAUUAGCCGGUUUGAAAAUUGAUUUAUUAUUGCGCUUUUUCCACCAGUAAUAAUGAUAGCAAAGGUAGAUUUUUUUACAUGUAUAAUAGCACGGCUUUGAUCUAUGAAAUAUAAUAUAUACACUACUAGUCAAAAGUGUUAGAACACCUACUCAUUGAAGGGUUUUUAUUUUUACAAUUUAUUUUUACAAUUGUAUACAUUGUAGAAUAAUAGUGAAGACAUCAAAACUAUGAAAUAACACAUGGAAUCAUAUAGUAACAAAAAAAGUGUUAAACAAAUCAAAAUACACCGCUCAAAAAAAUAAAGGGAACACUUAAACAACACAAUGUAACUCCAAGUCAAUCACACUUCUGUGAAAUCAAACUGUCCACUUGAAGCAACACUGAUUGACAAUACAUUUCACAUGCUGUUGUGCAAAUGGAAUAGACAAAAGGUGGAAAUUAUAGGCAAUUAGCAAGACACUCCCAAUAAAGGAGUGAUUCUGCAGGUGGUGACCACUUCUCAAUUCCUAUGCUUCCUGGCUGAUGUUUUGGUCACUUUUGAAUGCUAGCGGUGCUUUCAUUCUAGUGGUAGCAUGAGACGGAGUCUACAACCCGCACAAGUGGCUCAGGUAGUGCAGCUCAUCCAAGAUGGCACAUCAAUGAAAGCUGUGGCAAGAAGGUUUGCUGUGUCUGUCAGCGUAGUGUCCAGAGCAUGGAGGCGCUACCAGGAGACAGGCCAGUACAUCAGGAGACGUGGAGGAGGCCGUAGGAGGGCAACAACCCAGCAGCAGGACCGCUACCUCUGCCUUUGUGCAAGGAGGAGCACUGCCAGAGCCCUGCAAAAUGACCUCCAGCAGGCCACAAAUGUGCAUGUGUCUGCUCAAACGGUCAGAAACAGACUCCAUGAGGGUGGUAUGAGGGCCCGACGUCCACAGAUGGGGGUUGUGCUUACAGCCCAACACCGUGCAGGACGUUUGGCAUUUGCCAGAGAACACCAAGAUUGGCAAAUUCGCCACUGGCGCCCUGUGCUCUUCACAGAUGAAAGCAGGUUCACACUGAGCACAUGUGACAGACGUGACAGAGUCUGGAGACGCCGUGGAGAACGUUCUGCUGCCUGCAACAUCCUCCAGCAUGACCGGUUUGGCGGUGGGUCAGUCAUGGUGUGGGGUGGCAUUUCUUUGAGGGGCCGCACAGCCCUCCAUGUGCUCGCCAGAGGUAGCCUGACUGCCAUUAGGUACAGAGAUGAGAUCCUCAGACCCCUUGUGAGACCAUAUGCUGGUGCGGUUGGCCCUGGGUUCCUCCUAAUGCAAGACAAUGCUACACCUCAUAUGGCUGGAGUGUGUCAGCAGUUCCUGCAAGAGGAAGGCAUUGAUGCUAUGGACUGGCCCGCCCGUUCCCCAGACCUGAAUCCAAUUGAGCACAUCUGGGACACCAUCCACCAACGCCACGUUGCACCACAGACUGUCUAGGAGUUGGCGGAUGCUGUAGUCCAGGUCUGGGAGGAGAUCCCUCGGGAGACCAUCCGCCACCUCAUCAGGAGCAUGCCCAGGCGUUGUAGGGAGGUCAUACAGGCACGUGGAGGCCACACACACUACUGAGCCUCAUUUUGACUUGUUUUAAGGACAUUACAUCAAAGUUGGAUCAGCCUGUAGUGUGGUUUUCCUCUUUAAUUUUGAGUGUGACUCCAAAUCCAGACCUCCAUGGGUUGAUACAUUUGAUUUCCAUUGAUCAUUUUUGUGUGAUUUUGUUGUCAGCACAUUCAACUAUGUAAAGAAAAAAGUAUUUAAUAAGAAUAUUUCAUUCAUUCAGAUCUAGGAUGUGUUAUUUUAGUGUUCCCUUUAUUUUUUUGAGCAGUGUAAUAUCAAAAUAGCCACUCUUUGCCUUUAAGACAGCUUUGCACACUCUUGGCAUUCUCUCAACCAGCUUCACCUGGAAUGCUUUUCCAACAGUCUUGAAGGAGUUACCACGUAUGCUGAGCACUUGUUGGCUGCUUUUCCUUCACUCUGUUGUCCGACUCAUCCCAAACCAUCUCAAUUUGGUUGAAGUAGGGGGAUUGUGGAGGCCAGGUCAUCUGAUGCAACACUCCAUCACUCUCCUUCUUGUUAAAAUAUCCCUUAUACAUCCUGGAGGUGUGUUGAGACAUUGUCCUGUUGGAAAAAUAAAUGAUAGUCUCACUAAGCCCAAACCAGAUGUGAUGUUGUUGCAGAAUGCUAUGGUAGCCGUGCUGGUUAAUUCGAAAUAAAUCACAGUGUCACCAGCAAAGCACCCCCACACUAUAACACCUCCUCCAUGCUUUACUAUGGGAAAUACACAUGCAGAGAUCAUCCGUUCACCCACACCGCAUCUCACAAAGACAUGGCGGUUGGAACCAAAAAUCUCCAAUUUGGACUCGAGACCAAAGGACAAAUUUCCACCGGUCUAAUGUCCAUUGCUCAGGUUUUUUGGCCCAAGCAAGUCUCUUCUUCUAGGUGACCUUUAGUAGUGGUUUCUUUGCAACAAUUUGACCAUGAAGGCCUGAUUCACACAGUCUCCUCUGAACAGUUGAUGUUGAGAUGUGUCUGUUACUUGAACUCUGUGAAGCAUUUCUUUGAGCUGCAGUUUCUGAGGCUGGUAACUUUAAUGAACUUAUCCUCUGCAGCAGAGGUAACUCUGGGUCUUCCAUUCCUGUGGCGGUCCUCAUGAGAGCCAGUUUCAUUAUAUCGCUUGAUGGUUUUUGCGACUGCACUUGGAACAAACUUUCAAAGUUCUUGAAAUGUUCUGUAUUGACUGACCUUCAUGUCUUGAUGUUUCUCUUUGCUUAUUUGAGCUGUUCUUGCCAUAAUAUGGACUUGGUCAUUUACCAAAUAAGGCUAUCUUCUGUAUACCCCCCUACCUUGUCACAACACAACUGAUUGGCUCAAACGCAUUAAGAAGGAAAUAAAUUCCACAAAUGAACUUUUAUGAAGGCACAUAUUUUGAUUUGUUUAACACUUUUUUAGUUACUACAUGAUUCCAUAUGUGUUAGUUCAUAGUUUUGAUGUCUUCAGUAUAGGUGUUCUGAAACGUUUGACCAGUAGUGUAUUGGUUUGCUUUCCUUUAAAAAAAUGUUUUUCUAAUAAUCUUUAUCUGCCUUAAAAGUAAGUGUCUAUUUGCCUCUGCUGUGAAUAAAUUAUAUUAUCGACUCUAA